UCUCAUACUCAAACACUAACAGUGGUAGCUCGCAAUGGCAGGCACAAAGCUAGUAUCACUAGGGCUCAUUGUCCUCAUGAGCGUAGGAUUAGCCAAUGCUGUAAGGGUGGCUAGAUACUCUAGUGCUGAUGGGACCGGCAUGGGACAAGGAGAUGGUACUGGAUUUGUGAAUGGCGAGGGAUCUGGGUCUGGGUCUGGCACCGGAUCUGGUGAUAGUGGUCCUUAUGGUACCCAUGCAAGUGCUAGAGGGGGUGGUGGAGGUUCUGGAGCUAGCCAAUUUGGUGGGGCUGGUUAUGGUUCAGGGUUCGGAUCAGGGUCAGGUUCAGGAUCUAAUCAAUAUGGUCAAGGAGUGUAUUCUGGUUAUGGAGAAUCUUCUAAUGCUGGUGGUACAGGUGGGGGUGGGGGUAGAGGACAAGCUAGAGGUUAUUCGAAUUCCAAUGGUAUAGGAUUCGGUAGUGGCAUCGGUUCUGGCUCUAGCUAUACCAAUAGGUAUCCGGAUGGAUCAAGUACAGCAGGUGCAAAUGCUAAUGGAAAUGGUCAAGGCACAGCAACUACUCAAAAUGGUGGGAGUAGCGACGGCUCAGGUGCUGGAUCUGCAUACGGCAAUGCGUACCCCUAAAUUCGAUAUCAAUCAAUCUAAAGUUGGAGCCAAUCGCCCUUAUUUGAAGUCGCAGAGUUAUUUAUUUCCCUUAUUCCUUUGUUGCACUUUGUGAAACUGAAAUCAAUAAAGGGUCCAACUAUAUAUUCUAGCAACAGUAGCAGUCUUGUAAGGUCCUUAUAGCAAGAUGUUGUAAUCAUGUCUGUUUAUGAAAGAAAUAAUAAUCCAUCUGUCAUUUAGCCACUA